AUCAACGCUGUAAUCAAAGAACUUGCAACAUUCUGGAAAAGAUGCAGGAUUUGAGACGAUACAGGGUCUAUGCAGGAGGUAAAAGAGGAAGAGGUCGAAAAAGGAACAUGAAAGGUCAGUUUACAAAAGUGAAUCAAAGGGUACAUGAUGAUGAUUGCCCUGAUGUUUCAAAGUUGCCGAAGAAAGAGAUCACAAAACAAUUUAACAUGGAUACGAUUAAGAAUGAUGCAAAUUGUGACAAAGAACCAGUGUGUAAUCAGUCGAACAGUUCUGGUAGAUCAAUCACAGUAGGCAAAGAUAAAGGAGAAUUGACAGACAGAAACGACAAUAAUCAUUCAAACAUAUUUUCAAAUGAGAGUGCAUGUCCAGCAGAUGGAAUUUCAAAAGAACACAUGACUAGUUCAGAAACCGUGAACAUCCCAGAUGGAGUAAGCCAUGUCAAAUUACAGAUUGAUCUUGAAGAGAAUGAGAGCGAUAGUGACAUUGACGCAAUCAAACGCAAUCGUGGGAGAAAUUACAUAGAAUCUGAAUCAGACACAAGUGUUGAAGAUGAUGAUUUACUGAGCAGUUCAUUUGAAAGUGAAAGGUCAUGUCAGCCUAUUGAUACACAGCUUGUACAUGAUGAAACAUGUCGCGUUGAAAUUGUCCCAGAUGCAGGAUUGAAUAAAAAUACAGACAAUGCAAUUUUGAAUGCAGGAGAUGAGUCUACUGAUGAUUCUUUUGCACAAAAUUCCUUUGAAUCUCAUAUGAAAGCAGCAAUUGCUCAGGAAAGAAAAGAAGAUGAUAUGCAUCCUUUGUACAAUGAAUCGAGAGACGAAGUAGAGUUUGUAUCAGAUCUUGGAAUGUGUGAUAGGCCAGACAAAUAUUUUAAAUUUUUACCUCUUGAGAUAACUGACAAACAAGCCAUUUGUAGAAAAUUGAAUAUUCCCUAUACAGACAGAAGCUUCCAUGCAAAGUGCAAUACCAAUGAGUACAUUGGAAUUCCUUCACACAUUAAAACAAUAGAUGAGGAUGGCAACUGUUUCUUUCGUGCAAUUUCAUAUGCUAUUUCUGGAACUGAAUGUCAUCAUGUGUUUUUAAGGAAUCUUACUGUGAACCAUUUAUUACAGACCAAUGAUAAGUUUAAGAGUACAUUGAGAAGUGAGUUCAGAACUGUCAGAGAAUAUGUUUUGAAAAAUAGAAUAAUGGAAAAUGGAACUUGGGCUACAGACACUGAAAUGAGUGCAUUGGCAAAUUUGAUUGAUACCGAUAUCUAUUCUUACAAUGAUCAAGUACCAUGUUGGCAGUUGUACUCUGCAAGGAAACCGGGAAGAAUAAAUGUUGUUACAUCUCAUAAAGGCAUUUAUAUACAGUACACAAGAAAUGUUCAUUUUAAUGUAGUUGAAUCCGUUACUUCUGUCAGUAGUGAUUUAUCAAAGAACAUAGCAACAAUGAAAGAUAUAAACACAACAGUAAAUAUGCAAAUAAAACCAGUUGCACAAGGAACAUUUCAUCAAGGUGACAUGAGAUUUGGUGAUUCAGCAGGAAAGCAAUGUGUUGCCAAUUCAUUGUCUGCUUUGUUGUAUAGCAAAAUGAAAAAUGCUAAUGAUUGGGACAAUAAAGAUUUAGAUAAAAUUCUGGCCAAUGGUGAUGAACUCUAUCGUUACAUAAGGUAUUAUGUAGCACGUGAACAAGAAUAUUUAUUAAUUUCUGAUCUACUUGAACACUUAGAGGCAUAUGAUGAAUUGUUUGAGAUAAAACGACGUGAAUCAAUACCUGGAUUGUUAGGAGAUGAAACAACAAUGGAAGAAUCUAUUUCAAUGCCGUUGAAACAGGCACUUGAACAAGAAUUGAGUAGUGACUCUGAUGCAUGUUUUGUGACAUUUUCUGGAAAUACUUUUAUUGUCAUAUCUAGUUAUGAUUGUUUCUUUAUAUUUGAUUCACAUUCAAGAAACACAAGAGGCUUACUCGUUGAUGAUGGCUAUAGUGUAGUGCUUCAAACUCCAAGUUGGCAAGGUGUUUAUAAUCAUUGCAUGAGGCUGGCAAAAACAUUGAAAUGUUCUUCACGAACUGAAUAUGAGUUCUUGGCUCCUGGCUGAGGGACUCUCUUCUACUGUAAUCCAGAGAGUCAAAGAUGGUCAACCUUUGCUGAGGGAAGUGAAUCUCACUUCCCAGGUCUCCCUUCCCAGGCCCCUUGAGGUUUCCAUUAUGGACUGGUGCCGCAUAAGGAUUCUUUCCAGAAUUUAUCAGCGCAUCCAAGUUCAUAAAAGAUUGGACACAAGUACUUAGUGGCAUACCGCAGGGUAGUGUACUCGGGCCGACCCUCUUAUGUAUGUAAAUGAUCUGCCAAAUGUUACUUCAAGCUCUACACUAUUAUAUGCUGACGACGCUAAGAUAUAUGCCAGAGUACCAAACUCUGACUGUAGUCAAUCACUUCAAGAUGAUUUGAAUGGCAUUGAGAAAUUGUCACUCUCAUGGCAGCUUCCUCUGAACUCUGAUAAAUGUAAGACUCUUCAUAUAGGAAAUAACAAUAUGCAUCAUUCAUACUCUAUGGACAAUCGUUCACUGGUUGAUGGCAACUGUGAGAGGGAUCUUGGUGUUCUUAUUGAUAGUGAACUCACAUUUCACCAACAUGUAUCUGCAUCUAUUCAAAAAGCUAACCAAAUGUUGGGCAUCAUCAAACGUGCAUUUGUGAACAUUAAACCGGAUAUAUUCCUGCCCCUAUACAAGGCUCUUGUUCAACCACAUUUGGAGUAUUGUAGUGUUGUCUGGAGCCCUAGAUUCAUCACUGAUGACAAAAGGAUUGAAUCUGUUCAACGUAGAGCUACAAGGCUAUUUCCAGGAUUUAGCUCCUUAUCCUACAGUGAAACACUUGUUAAACUGAAUCUGUACUCCUUACAUUACCGCAGAGAACGAGGGGACAUGAUACAAGUAUUUAAAAUAUUGCAUGGUAUAGACAGAAUCAACCCAGAGUCUCUCUUCAUUAGGUCCCAGUACCAGGGAACAAGAGGUCAUCCCUUCAAACUGUUCACAACUCACUGUCGGUUGAACGUCCGCAGUAGCUUUUUCAGUAAAAGAGUGAUCCAAGCUUGGAAUAGUUUGCCUGCAACACUAGUAAUGUCCUCCAGUAUCAACUCGUUCAAACAUGGAUUAGAUUCUUUUUGGUCAAGCAAACAUUUUGAAAUUGUCUGACAUCCACGCCCGCACUAUACUGUUUAGACUUUUAAUUAUGCAUCAAGUGUUUACGACUGGGAGAUCCACAGGAUUACCUACUCUCCCGUACAGAUGAUGAUGAUGAUGAUGUGUUUGUGUGUGUGUGUAUGCUUGUUGUGGAGUGUGGUCUUCCAAUGUAGUAGGUUUAUUUUGCUUCAAGACUUUGAUAUAAAGGUUUAUCAAGAGUUUCACUGUAUGCUUGCUUUUAAUGUCAUUACGCCUUAACAAUUUUAAUUGUAGAGGCCUUCAAGAUGGUUUUAAAAGGAAAAAAGUAAUUUAUAAUCCAAAUAUGGUAUAAUUUUUCUUCAGGAAACACACUCAAGUUAAAGUGAUGAAAUGUUAUGGCGCCCCCAAUGGGUUGGACAGGCUAUGUUCAGUAGUUAUACAACAAAUAGCAGAGGAGUAGCUAUUUUAUUUAAGUCUUCUUUGAGAAUAUCUUUAUCAUCAUUUUCUGACCUGGAAGGAAGGUUUCUUAUCCUUCAUAUGAGUGUAAAAGAUAUCGAUCUUAUAUUGGUCAAUGUAUAUGGUGCAAACAAGGAUUUACCAUAGUUGUUUGUCAAUAUGUUUGCAAAAGUAGAUGAUGUAGGUAACUCAAGGAUUGUAUUAGCAGGUGACUUGAAUAUCACAGUAGGUCCUUUGCACUACGAGGGCUCCUGUCCUGUUCACCAUAUUAUUCAGGCUAAAAGUCGUUUUAACAUGUGUGUCGAGGAAUUAAGCCUUGUUGAUGUUUGGAGAAGAGACCACAGUCGAGAUAAGGUUUUCACACGACACCAGAGAAGUCCAUUAGUUUCCUCUAGAUUGGAUUAUAUUUUUGUGUCCAGUGAUUUGUUGACUUGUGUGAAAGAUUCUAAUAUUGUAACUGGUAUAUGCUCAGACCACUGUAUGGUGAAUUUAAAUAUUAUACUAAAUGAAAUUCCGAAAGGCAAUGGUUAUUGGAAGUUAAAUACAUCAUAUUUGAAACAUAGUGAAUUUUGUACCAUGAUUAAAGACAAAAUUAAGGAAUUUAAAGAAUUACAUGCUGAUUCAGAUUGUAAUCCACACACUACCUGGGAUGCUUUCAAAUAUACCAUUGUGGGGCUCUGUAUUGAAUACUGCAGCAGAAAACAUAAAGAAAAGAUUAAGAACAAAUCCAAAUUACUGAAAAUAUUUCUUCCCUAAAAGAAAAAAUUGGUGUCUGUACUGAUAAAGAUGAAUUGCAGAAACUGUAUGGAGUUUUAAAGGCAGGGGACAUGGGCAGAGUAUGGGGAGAGGACCUCUAAGUACUUCUGUAAUUUGGAAAAGCGUAGCUAUGAAAAAAGAAUAUUUGUCAAUUGAAAACUAAUAGUAGUUCAAUUGUGGUCAAUCCUAAAAAAGUUUUACAUGAAAUUUAUACUUUUUAUGAGAAUUUGUAUUCUUCAAAAGUUUCUCAGAAUGAUAUGGAAUUUUUUAAUGAGUUUGUUGCACCCUUAGAUAUUCCUUUGUUAGGGGAAGAGUCACAAAACAAAACAAAAUGUAGAAUAUAA